AUGUCUUUAUCCACGCCAGAAGAGGUGGUGGACUCUCACCAUUCCAAACCAAUUGUUCUCAAGCAAGUGGAUAUAGUCGGGGGUGACGAGUUCUCUUCAACGUUCUUCACAAACGCGUUGUAUCCUCUGUUGUUUUCCAAAGACAUAACCUUGGGUCAAUUGGUUAAUUCCAGCAAUCAAUCUUACAAUAACCUUUUGUACAGCAAUGCCUUCAAGAAGGUGAAGUUUCAGUUCGAAGAAAGCGCGGGUUCUUCCACUCCUCAAAACACCACGAUUGAGCCUCCUAUAGAAAUUAUUGCCAAACUGCUUCUUGAGCCAUACAAGUUACAAUCCUUCUCGCUGGCCUCAGUUCACACAGAAGCAGGACAUGCUUUCAAAUUGGGAUACCGCAACUUGAAUGCUUUCGGCAAUGCUGAAUCCUUCAAAAUAAGCUCGCUCAUCGAUCUCAAGUUCGGCAACCCAUACGCAAAGACCAUUGAGCUGCAAUAUAUGGCCCCUAUAGUCAGCCAAUCGCUGAAACUGUUCUUCGAGAGUGUGAUUUCCGAUUCGAGCGCCAGUUGGGCCUCCCACAAACAAUCCACUGCUAAUGGUGUGGUUGGGCUCACCAAGACACUCUCGUUCGACCUGUUUAGUUCCAAGUUCACGUCCUACUUCACCACGGGUGUCUCUAUGGUAAAACGCUCUGUGUUGGACAUAAAUGAUUCUGCAAGUGAUACUGUUAAGACUGACGCUGGUGAUUCUUUCAAGGAGAGCUUUAUUUUCUCUGGAGCGGUGGACUCUAGGACCUACCUGCCUAGCUCGUUUGGAGGCUUGGCAAUGAACGGAUUACUCUUGCAAGUGGACAAUGAGAUAUCCGGACUCUCUUCUCCGCAAAGUGAGAAAUAUCUCAAAUCCGUCUUGAACCUGCAACUCUUGAAGUCUUUCAGGAACUUUUUCACUUUGGAUCUGUCUUCUUCGUUCGGUGCAGUGAGUAACCUCACCACCGGGAUCACCGGCGUCCCUCACUUCCAUGACAAGUUUUUCCUGGGUGCGCAUUCCCUCAAAGGGUUUGCUGCUAACUCAGUCGGUCUAAGAGAUGGUCAGGACUUCGUUGGUGGAAACAUUUUCUACAGAUUGUCGGCUUCCCUCUUCACCAGAUUCUUCUUUGCUCCAGCUGACUCUCCAUUGAGAUUUUACCUGUCCGUCAACUCUGGUGAUGUCUACAACAAUUUCAAGGAUAUUUCAUACCAGGAUCUGGCCUUCAUCAAGGGCUCGGCAAUAUCGUCCUCUGUUGGUGCGGUCUACAGAGUUGGUGAUGAUGCUGCUUUUGACCUGCACUAUAACUUGCCAGUAAGCUCUAGACCUAAAGAUGUUGCCAAACCUGGUUUGGAGUUCAGUCUGGCGAUCAAUGGCACAUUUUAA